UUGGGUGAUCCAACACUCACAAACAAUUGUACAAGCUUAGUGCAGCCCUUCACCCUGCACCACUACCACCAUUUAUGGGACAAGAGCAAGCAUUUAGCCAACACAUUGUUACAAGAAUGGUAGGCCUAAGGAUGUUGGACUUGUGACUCAAUCGGCAGAACCUAAGCAAAGUUAGACCGUUUUUUAAAGAUGGAGGAAGACGUAAUGGCAUCGCAGGUACUGGAGAUCAUAUGUGGAUUUUCCGCCGAGACUCUCCAAAACCCAGAACCCGAGGGGAGAGAUGUGUGGUCAGCGGAGGAUGGGGAUGACUCCGUGUUCUACAGCGAUGAAGACCAAGCCGAGGAGCAUUUAAAAGCAAACAGAUCUCGUGAUACAGGCAGAUGCAGACGCCUUUAUAACAGUGAGGCAACCAGUGUUGACGCUCCACCUUCAGAGAGGAAUGAAGGUGACCUGCCGGUGCUUUGGAGUGAGGCAGAAGAGGCAGGAAGGAACCCCCAGGCUUUAGAAAUCGAGCAAAGGUGUCAAGCAGAUGGAGAUUCAGAGGUGGAGACUCAUGAGCCCGAAAGGCCGGAGAACAGUGCUUUGUCAGAUGAUGAGGAGCAGGGACAGGCUCCAAGCAUUGAACCGUUCCCUGGGGAAAGCGUCUCUAACCAGCUCGGCUCCAGCUCGGAGUCAGAGGAGGAGGACUCUAACAUCAAAGAUUCCAACGUGGCACCGGCGGACCCCGUUCCUGGCUACUCCACUCUGCCUCUGCCAAAGAAGCGCCCUAUCAACCCGGGACAACAGAAGUCCUUUGACCACCUCAUGGCCUCCAAGUACAGCUCCGUCUCCUACCGCAAGAUCCGCCGAGGGAACACCCGGCAGAAGAUCGAGGAGUUUGAGUACAUCAUGAUGAAUUUGUAGUGCAGAAAAGUGACUAAUUUACACACAUAAAUGUUAAAAGAUCCUUCCUGAUAAUCUACAAGAGUAUAGUUUAAUCCCAUUUAAGAAGUUUGUAGGACAUAACUACCAUAUUGACCUGAACAUAAGACAAAAUACAUCUUUUGAAAAAAUCCUCUUUGACAUAGGUUGCAAUAAAAAUGAUAUAUUCCUUAUUCUCUUUGUUUGAUGACUUGGCUUUUAUUGCUCACUAUUAUUUUAAGAUUGGCAUGACGCUGCCUCCUGUUUGCUAACUUAUUAACUUUGAAGACACUUUUGUCACGUGUAUAAGUGCAGGGAACUAAAAAGCACUGACUCUGUUGGGUACAAGAUGUUUGGCAUCACCUGUUGGUUGGUUGAUUGAUUGAAACUUUUAUUAGUAGAUUGCACAGUACAGUACAUAUUUUGUACAAUUGACCACUAAAUGGUAACACCCGAAUACGUUUACAACUUGUUUAAGUCGGGGUCGACGUUAAUCAAUUCAUGGUAAAAUUCAUGGUUUGCAUGUAUACAUCACCAGAUAUUGAAUGUAAGGUAACCUGACUUCUUCACUGAAAAAAAAACACAGUCCUAUAUUUGGGUCAAUAUGGUAUUGUGCUCUAAUUGGUUAAAAAAGACUAAACUGUGCAUUGCUUUAUCACGAGCAAUGUUUAUAGCAGCUAUUGUUUGAUGUAUUCCUGCUUAUGAAAAUGCAUUGCACAUGAUGUCUAAAUUCAUAGACACUUUUAACAUUCACUACAAUUAUACACAAAUGUGCAAUACUUAUGUCUUAAUGUUAAAUGGUGGAUGCAAAAUAAACACA